AUGGGGAAUAAACAGACCAUCUUUACAGCACAGCAGUUAGAUGCCUAUCAGGAUUGCACAUAUUUUACAAGAAAAGAAAUUCUCAGACUGUUCGACCGCUAUCGGGAUUUGGCACCGCAGCUCGUUCCCCUUGACUACACCAGCCAGCCAGAUGUGAAGUUACCAUAUGAGCUGAUUGGCAGCAUGCCAGAGCUGAAGGACAACCCAUUUCGUCAGAGGAUUGCUGAGGUUUUCUCCGAGGACGGAGAGGGAAACAUGACACUGGACGACUUCUUGGACAUGUUCUCAGUCCUGAGUGAGAUGGCUCCGCGUGACCUCAAGGCCUACUACGCUUUCAAAAUCUACGAUUUCAACAAUGAUGACUUCAUCUGUAAGUCAGACCUGGAGAAGACAGUGAACAAACUGACCCGUAACGAGCUGACGGAGGACGAGGUGAGGAUGGUGUGUGAGAAGGUGAUAGAUGAGGCUGACCUGGACAACGACGGACGUCUGUCCCUGGAGGACUUCCAGCACAUGAUUGUCCGAGCUCCAGACUUCCUCAGCACCUUCCACAUAAGGAUAUAA